CGACAGAAAUGACUUCCAACGUGGAGAACCUGCCUCCCCACAUCAUCCUCCUGGUGUACAAGGAGGUGACCACGCUGACGGCGGAUCCCCCCGAUGGCAUUAAGGUUUUCCCCAACGAGGAGGAUGUCACUGACCUGCAGGUCACCAUCGAGGGAAAAGAGGGGGCCCCGUACGCUGGUGGGCUGUUCCGUAUGAAGCUGAUCCUGGGCAAGGACUUCCCGGCCGCCCCCCCCCCCCACCCCGCUACCAAGGGCUUCUUCCUUACAAAGAUCUUCCACCCCAACGUGGGUGCCAAUGGCGAAAUCUGCGUCAAUGUGCUCAAGCGCGACUGGAAUGCCGGGCUGGGGAUCCACCAUGUAUUACUGCCCAUCCCGCCGCGCUGCUUGCGAGGAGUGUAA